AGGCGGUCGCGGCUCAUUCGGAGAAUGGCCGCGGCCACGGCGUGCGGCUCCCCGCCUCCCCGCCCGCCCCGGGAGCAGCAGCAGCAGCCGCCGCCGCGGAAGCGGGGCGACUCCCGCCGGCGGCAGGCCGCCCUUUUCUUCCUCAACAACAUCUCCCUGGACGGCCGCCCGCCCUGCCCGCCCGCCGAGAAACCGCCGGCGUCCGCCGGCCCGGGCGAGGGGGAGGAGGCGGCGGCGGCGGCGGCGGAGCCGGCCGGAGCUCCUCCGCGCUUACUGUCCCCGCCGCCCGCCUGCCAGCCGCCGCCCGCCCUGCUGUUGCCCGGCGUCUCCCCCGCCGCCGCCGCCGGAGGCAAAGGGGAGGCGGACCCCCCCCGCGGGGGCAUUUUCCUGCCGCAGCUGCUGCUGGGCGGUACGCUCUGCCCGCCGCCCCCGGCGCCGCCCGCCCUACCGGGGAUGCUGGCGGCCGCCAAGCCGGGAGCCCCGGGGCUGCUGAGCCCCACGCAGAGCGCGGCGGGCGGCGGCGGCGGCGGCUUCGCGCUGGAAGCUCAGCGGCAGAGAAGGCGUUUUAUCUCCCAGCGCUGCUCUCUAGACUUUUUAGAAGACAUAGUGGAAUAUGCCAGUGUACGAAGAACCAAGCAUAUAUCUGGGUCUCCAAGACACAAAAGUUUGAAGAAGAUGCACUUCAUCAAGAACAUGAGGCAGUAUGACACCAAGAACAGCAGGAUAGUGUUAAUCUGUGCUAAACGAACACUGUGUGUGGCUUUUUCUAUCCUACCUUACGGGGAGAGUUUACGGAUCAGUGAUCUAAAGAUGGAAGGACAGAAGCAACGACAUCCUUCUGGGGGAGUUUCAGUCUCCACUGAGAUGGUGCUUGGACUGGAAGGAGUAGAGCUGGGUGCUGAUGGCAAGGUUGUGUCCUAUGCAAAAUUCUUGUAUCCGACCAAUGCCCUAGUUGUUCGCAAAGCUGACAGCCAUAGUGCUGUUCCCUCAUGUCGGGCUAGUGCUUCACGGAGUCUUCCUGGAUCAAGAUACAAACCUGUGACAGCAAAAACAAUACCAGCAGGAACAGACAUUGGAGGUGAAGCUGGGGAAGCUGCAGAGUACGAUCCAAAUCUUCUGGAUGAUCCUCAGUGGCCCUGUGGAAAACAUAAACGUGUUCUCAUCUUUGCCUCUUACAUGACUACAGUCAUAGAAUAUGUGAAACCCUCGGACCUUAAAAAGGAUAUGAAUGAAACCUUUAGAGAGAAGUUUCCUCAUAUCAAGUUGACACUGAGCAAAAUUAGGAGUUUAAAAAGAGAGAUGCGGAACCUGAGUGAAGAGUGCAAUCUGGAGCCGGUCACUGUCUCCAUGGCUUAUGUUUACUUUGAGAAGCUUGUCCUCCAAGGCAAACUCAACAAACAGAACCGCAAACUGUGUGCUGGUGCUUGCGUUCUGCUUGCAGCCAAGAUCAGCAGUGAUCUCAGGAAACAUGAAGUUAAACACCUUAUAGAUAAACUAGAAGAGAGAUUCAGAUUCAACAGAAGAGAUCUCAUUGGUUUUGAAUUCACCGUCCUCGUAGCUUUGGAACUGGCGCUCUAUCUUCCUGAAAACCAAGUUUUACCUCAUUACAGACGGCUCACACAACAGUCUUAACCAAAGCUGCGUUCCAGCUGACUGCCAGUGGUGCUGGUGGAUCAUGUCACUGAACGCUGCUGCUGGAGUUGCCGCUGGCCUUUCUGUGCCGCUGUGUGCGUCCUGCCACGGCCACAGCUAGUUUUGAAGUCUGCAGUGUGUUACUAAACUGUCGAGGUGUGCAUUAUGGACACGUAUGCCAAGUCUGGGGGAUGGUACGAGAAGAGUUAUUGGACUUUAUUUUCUUUUGGACAUCUAAAGCACAAAUAUUCACCAGUCAGCUGUUAUGGCUGCUUAUUAUUCCUUAUUUAUCUUUUUUGGUUUUACUAAAACUGUUCUUCCCUAUGAAGAAUACUAUGGUAUUGUUUGUUUUUUGUUUUGUUUUUAUUUUUUAAGCCUUUGUUGUAUUCCUUGAGACUAAAGGAAGCAUCACUUCCAUUCCAGUGCACCAUAAAGUUCAGAUGUUUCUAAGAAUCUUCUCGCAUUUUUACAUUAAUGAAAUGCAUACUUUAUUUUUUUUUAAAGAUGUGCCUAAAACUGGCUGGUCUGGUACCAGUGCUUUUUAAGUUAGUUAUAUUAUUUAGCGGGGAAUCCUGAAUUUGUAUAGCCAUUUAUUCUUUACCUGCAUUGGCCUUGCAUAUAAGGAAAACAAUUCCAGUAUAUCUGCACUAAUGAUACACAGGGCAUCUAUUCUCUACUAUACUAUAGACCUAUAAGUAGCAAGAUUGAAAUUACUCCAUUCCAAUUUACUUAACUAUUAAUACCUUAAGAGUAUACACUUUAUUUAAAAAGGAAAGAUUGUUUGAAAAUGUCAUGAAGUACCACAUUGAACAAGGUAGCUGCAGCAAAGUGAUUGCCAUCCUAAUUCACUCUUCAGUGGAAGAUGAGUGCUUGACUAAGAGCAACUUGCUGUUAAAUGUAUCAUUUAUGAUUUUAUUUGUUUCAGUGUUCAAUAGUCUGAAAUAAGCACCUUUUUAGUAGACUGUAUUAUAUAUGGUCUUACGUGCUCUGAGCAAAUACUUAAGUCAGUAGAGCUACUGCUGCCAAACUAAGCCAAUGUAACAAAGCAUGCUCAAUAUUUAAAAUGCUACUUUUUUACUCUGUUCUUCCAAGCAUCGCAUCACUGUGAUGGUCCUCAUAAAACUGGCAUUUGUUGCACAUCUGAACAGCCACUUAAUGGCUGGUGCCCAGCAGCGCUCUAAUGCUUAUGCAGAGGUUAAAUAACUUCUCUGACCAUUGGCUAGUCUUUCAUUUAUUUUUUAAUUAUCCAGGUUGAGAAUGAACUCUUAUAUGUGGAACCUUCUGUGAUAUUGGCUCUUGGGUUUAUUUUCUGAAGCAAUAUUAUGAUACAAGUAACUGUGUGUCCAUUUGCAAGGAACAAAACUGAUGCUUGGCUAUUACAACUGAGAAAUUUGUAAUUUAAGUUUGACUUCUAAAUGAAAUACUAGACCUCGUACUGAGGUAAGGGACCUGCUAUCUAAUAUGUAAAGUAAUGUAAAUUCCUGUUCCUUGUAUUAAAUGUUGGUUGUAACCAAAACCAAAGCUGAAUCUUUGCUCUUCAGCUGUGUUUUGUCUGAAGCUAAUUUGGCUUCAUUAGAAUUGCAGCAAACUUUAACAGAGCCCUUUCCUCUUUAAGGCUCAAAAUGUAUUUUUCAUAUAUAAUAAUUACAGUGACUAUCAAAUCUUUUGUAACUGUGUUCAGCUGUAUGUAGCUUCAAGUUAUUUGUGUAAAAUUUAA